CCAGUAUCCACAAAAAGGAGCUACGAAAUUCCUGAGGAGGCUGAUGUCAAGAGCAGACACGCUAGCUCAUUUCCCUUUUUGGGUGUUGUGAUGUUCAGGAAAAUUAAAAGAGGGAACCACAUUUGCGUGUAAGCAUGAAAGAGAGAAAUAGAAACACUGAGCGGGUUUGGGCAAACUAGAUUUAUAAUGAACCUCUUACGUUGUUUAUUUUAUAACGCUGUGGAUGUGGCGAUUUAUGAAAGGAAAUGAAUAUUUCCAUUGAUACCAAAUUUGAUUUUAGACAUGACCGACACAUAGGCACAAGCACCGUCAAAUGAUAGCUAGCCUACAUUAAAGAAAGUAGCAUUCCUUGCGUAGCGUCCAGUCGCGCUGAGGAAGAGGGAGGGGAAUGGGACAACUUCUGUAGCCUACACAGUGAAAGCUGAAGGCUAAGCAAGAGGACACGUAGCCUACACUUAUAAAUUGUCGACGGAAACGGGAUGCACGUCCAGUGGCUUAGGAAAACUCGAUAUCUUGUUAUUUGGCUAGAUAAUUGCUUUUCAUGAUAUGCAGGAGUUCGCCGAGAAGUAAUACUGCGGAUUAAGAUCGGAGACAAUUUAGGUUCUCCGAGAAAACUUGACAGGAGCGGCCAAGCUCCUCGCCCCAGAAUGCUGGACUGAAUGAUAAGGAAUGGCAUCGGCGGUUUUCGAGGGCACGUCGCUGGUGAACAUGUUUGUCAAAGAUUGUUGGGUGAACGGGAUCCGGCGACUGAUUAUCAGUCAGCGAGGCGAAGAAGAGGAGUUCUUUGAGAUCAGGACCGAAUGGUCGGACAGAAACAUUUUAUACCUGCACCGGAGUUAUUCUGAUUUGGGGAGGUUGUUUAAGAGGCUAGUGGAAUCAUUCCCCGAGGACAGAAGAGACCUCACGAAGUCGCCCCUAAUUGAAGGAUUGGUGAAGAUUAAAGAAGCCAAUGACACUGAAGUCAGGCUGAAUGAGGUGGAGAGACUGCUGAAGAAUGCUAUCAACAUGCCCUGGAAGUUUUCCAGGUCAGAGGUGGUGCUGACGUUUUUUGAGAGAUCACCGUUGGACCAGGUGCUAAAAAAUGACGAUGUUCACAAGAUCCAACCGUGCUUCCAGAGUCCAGUGAAGAUAUCAGAGAUCAUGAGAUCUAACGGGUUUUGCCUGGCUAACACUGAGACCAUUGUAUAUGACGACAGUCUGUCACAUGAAAAGGAGAGACCCUCAUCUACAGACUCAGCAGAACAUGUGUUUGACAAUGGCGAAGAGUUUCUAACUGAGCCAAACAACAGUGACGAUGACCCAGAGGCCUACGUAACCAACUUGUCUUAUUACCACUUGGUACCCUUUGAGACAGACAUCUUGGAGUGACGCAGGCCGCACCCACACCUGCAUAGAAACGGUCCAGCUGUGCAGACGCUCAGUCCAGCUGCCAAUCCCGGCUGCAUUAGUGUGCCAACCGUGCUGCCAUCGCGUCGCUUGCCAUUUGGGGGUUGUAGCUGGAGGGUGGAGAGGCAUUCUGGACACCCAUGGCUGUGUGGAGAUUGUGAUCCGUGACAUCAAACUCUCAGAGUCACUAAGCUCAGUCAAUCCGAUCAGUAGUACGGACGAGUCCCCAACAUCUUUCUCUCCAUCACCAACGUGCCUCAUAUUUUCAUCGACAUAAGCAAACAAACGUACACUUGCACACACAUGUACAGAGAGCGGUGGCAAUGUUCUCAUUUGGAGCACAACCAGGGGCCUCACAUUACCCCUGGACCAAUCACUGCCUUCUCGUCAAAUACAUUUGGGCAUAUGAAGGAGCAGGAUAUACCCCCGUAACUCUUCAACGCAUCAUGACUCCAGUCUGCAUUUCUGUUCUUCUGCUCUUCCAGUGAAUCUGACAUCUUAUCAGUUUAGACAUGGAUGGGCUGAUUCAUCAGGAUAGCACUCACCUGUUGUGUUUCAACGAAAAUCAAAAAAUGGGCUUAAAUGUUAAAAAACCUUGGUUUGUAAUCCGUACAUGAAUUAUCUUUCACAUUUUAUUUAACACGAUGCCUCCUACAGUGACUUUCACAAAAUGCUUUGCAGUGCAAAAUGGGAAAGGUAUUGUAAGAAAUUAAGCACAUUAAGUGAUCCUGCCUUGUAGCAACACUGUCUUCAUCUGGAUUUUCAAGGUAGAAAGGAUGCAGUGUUUCUGGGGGAGUGUGUGGGAUUUCAAACGCUAAGGGAGUGUGGGGGGUUGGGGAAGUCGGUCCUCCAGAGGGACAAAAUCCGCAAACCUGUAUCCACUAGAGGCAAGCACCACAAAAAUGGAGUGAACGAUCAGAAAAGCCUUGGGAUACAGUCUGGCUUCUCACACUAAUCGCCUUUCAGUCCUGUUUUCGCUUGCUGCACACAAAAACUGUCCAGUCUGGGAAUUCACCUCACAAGAGUGCCAUUAAGAGAGAUUGCUUGGGCUCCUGUCUGUCAGGUGAAUCAAGAUGGUGCUGUUCUCCUUUGUUGUCUUACAAACAGUCAAGACUAAUUCACACGUAGAAAAAAAAACUUGAUUUGGAAUGCGUAAUUUAAAGCCAAAAUAAUGUGCUGCCUUAUUCUGAUAAGUAUUACGUGAGAUUUUUGUUUUCUUGUGAAAGCCCUGCUUCUUCUAUGUCUAUAGUGGGAGCUGAAUGGGAAUUUAGCUUUUGUGAGAGCAGGCUGAUUAUGCAAAAGCUUCCUUUAAGGCUCUGGCCAAGAAAGCCGUCUGCAGUGCCAGUGUAGGGUUGUUACCCAUGCUCCAAAGCUAGAAGGAUAAGCUGCUUCUUUAUCUGUGGUAAGCACAUGUCCGUUUUGGGUGGAAAAUACAGUAAGUACAUAGGUAAAUUGUUUUAUUUACAAAAAAAGAGAGCUUUUAUGAUGUGUAUGUGAAUGUAAUAAUAACUGGAACAGUGCCAAUUCAAGUACAAUUUUGAGUGUGAUUGGGCUAUUCAGUUUUUUUUCGGUUUGUCCUUGUCCCUCGACAGUACAUUUGCAACUAGUGUAAUGUUUUUUCUUACAGAACAUUAUGGAUUCAGCAAUGCAAUGUAUUGAUAGUAUGGAAGUGUACUGAAUAAACAAAAAAUAAGGCCUAGAAUAGGCUUACAGAGUUAAGGAUAAAGCACAAUAUGGGUAGAUUGAAUAUAGCCCUUCUGAUUAGUACAAGAGAUUAAAAGAUGACGUAAGUAUUCGUUGGAAGGUCGUGUGGUCCAUCUCUCAUUGCAGUUUGCAGUUGGGUCAAGCAAGUUCUUACUGGACUGUUGUGACUUGUUAUUCAUUGAAAGGAUGUUGGUGGUUGAGGCCUACACAAAGCGUCUGUCUCGUCUGCUCAGAGUCUGUUCCCCAACUGCUGUUUUUUCUGCAUUUGUGUAGUUACUCUGCUGAGGGGGCUCUCUACUGAAGAAACCGCUUCUAUCACGGCAAUGUACACUCAGAAACUUGGCACUGGAGCCCCUUGCCUAUCCUCGCUUAGUCUGUUUAGUAAAGCAGUCAUGUCUACUACUCACUCAUGAAAAAUAGCUGUUCUCUUUCCAUGUGAAAACAUUCCUGUUUUUUCCCAUGGAUUUCUUCUUCCUUUUUGGUCGUCAACUGAGAAGAGAAUCAAGAGGUUCCCAGGAUUUGUAAAGUUUACAUGUUGUUUGAAAAAACCUAUUUGGGAAACUUGUGUUGAAAUGAAAUUGAAUACUGUCCAUUGUCUUCAUGUUCUCCGGUUGAGGGUGAUACCCCAGUGGAGAUAAUUUCUAUUCCUGAGGAUCCUUAAACAUGCUGCUAAAUUCUGAUUGGAGAAUUUCAGAGGUUCUCUAUCCACUUUUUGUUGAUGUCAGCUAGUCAUACCAAAGUUCACACAGACACACAAGUUUUCAGGUAUGACUAUGAUUUUCAAACACAAUAUAAUCAAAGUCCCACCUGACAUCUGCUAUAUUGGUGUGACUUUAUCAAGCUGAAAUCCAGUACAAUGGACUUAGAUGUUAGAUGCCCUGGACCACACAAACGUACAGUUAAUAGUAGAUUAAUAGAAUAAAUGAACUGAAAUGAGAUUUUAUACUAAAAUUGUAAUUUAAUAUAAUGUGAAAAAUAUUUAUUUUUGUAGUUACUGAUCACUUUAAAACAAAAAGCCUUUCUCUAUCGUCUAAGAUGACUGGCAGUCUAGAAUCGCUGUUUCUGCACCUGAAGCACAGCAUUGCAAGCUUGGUGCAAUGUUUGGUUAUUGAAUGGAUACCUGUGUGUACAUAAAAUGGACUUUGACUUUACACAUAUCAUUUUAGCAUACCGUGUGACAGACAUUUCAGUUCAGUAUUAUUACUUGUAUAAAUUGCUUAAUACAACUGCUCAAUGAUUUUGUGAACCAAUAGUGUGUAACAUAUCUAUUAAAAAUCAAUUCUAAUAAAACAAA